AUGUGUCUCUUUCCUACCACCCCUAAGCGGAAGAAAGCAGUCAAAAAGUGCGGCCACGUCAAGGCGACGUCUGAGCAAGACUUUCUAAACGUCGCAAAUAAAGCUGCCGACGAGGCCAUCAAGAGAGUGUUGCCAACAACACCUACCUUUGCAGCAGCGAACCCAGUGAGAAUGGUGAGCCGAGAUCACCUCGGUUACCCAGUGGAUUUCUGGCCGCCAGAGGAGAGCCUCCCGGCCAACAUUACCCGAGGCCAGUGGAAGGAGCACACAGAGACGUCGAAGAAGACACUGGCAGCGGCUCAGGAAAGCGACAAGAAGACCGGCGACGCCAGAGAGGCCAUCAGCGCCGAGGUGAAGGAGGCGCAGGAGGCGAUCAAGGACGCCGACACCAGCAUCAAAGUCGCACACACCAGCGUCAAGGACACACAAACCGCUGUCAAAGACACCCACGCCACCGUCAAGGAGGUCCACGACGCCAUCAAGGACACACAGAAGGCGAUCAAGGUCACACAGGACGCCAUCAAAGGCAACCACGGCGAGCACCUGAGCAAGCAGGGCGAGUGCGCGGCGUCGGUCGACCAGGUGCGCAAGCUGCUAGAGGACGAUGCGCGCAGGCGCGACGAGGCGGCGCAGAAGCAGCAGACGAUACAGGAGGUGCUGAACUACGUGCAGUACCUGCGGCAGGCGGACCGCGCCGCCGCCGCCGAGCCAAGGAGCCGGUCGUCACGCAGCAGCAGCCGCACGGCUUCGAUGCGCAGCAGUGAGUCACGGCGCGCCGAGGAGGAGGAGCGCCGCCUCAAGCAGCAGCGCGAGCUCACCGAAAACCUGCGCCGCCUCGAGCAGCUCAACCGGGAGCUCAACUGGGAUCGCGAGAGGGAGCGUUAUCAGCAAGCCUUCGGCGCUCCUCCUCCUCCCCCCGUCUACGCGUCGCCGCAGUGGUCGUCCAGUCAGGAGUUUGUCGCGGGAGGCGGUGGCGGCUUCUACCACCCCGAUCACGACCCGCGCGGGGAAAGAGGCAGACACAACCCCCUGUCGCGACGACCUUUCGUUCCCAACAACAACCUGGGGAGGAUGCCGCCUGGUGCUGCUUUCGGGUGGGAGCCGACUCGGGGACACAUAUAG